GAGAUAGAGACACACUAACGAACACCUAACCUAGCAAUGCUAAGUUACACAUGGGCUGUUGAGCGAUAAAUUAUUGUGUUAUCAAAAAACUUGCUAAAAUGAAAUUAACAAUGAAUGUUGAAAAGAAAAAAGUUGAAAAAUUCAAUUCAUUAUGGAUUAAAUAUGACAGUUUCAGUUCUGAUAGACAUCAGUUAUUUCUUAAAGAACACUCUAUAAGAAACCAAGAUCCAAAAUAUCCUAGAGGAAAGACAUUAUUUAUUUUGAAUAUACCACCCUAUGCUACAUCUGAGUCAAUUGCUAAAAUAUUCAAUGAUUCUUGUGGACCAGUACAUUCAGUGACUUUUAUAGAUAAUCAAGAUAAUAAAAACAAAGGAUUUCAAAAUGCAUAUAUAGUUUUUACACGUGAUGCCAAUUUGAAUAAAGCAUUAUCACUUCAACCAAAACAUACUUUUGUAUUGAGCACUAAUGAUUCACCAGUAUUAACUGGAAUUAACAAAUGGUGUAAAAAUUAUAAUGACUCUAUACAAAAAGAAGGUGAAAUAAAAAGUUUAGUAGAAAACUAUAUGAAAAAGUAUGAUGAGAAAAUAACUGAACAAUUAGAAGAUGAAAAAGCUGCUGGUGAAACAGUUGAUGAUGAAGGGUGGACUACAGUUGUAGGUAGAAAGAAGAGAGGUAAAUUUGCACUAGCACGAAAAGAAUCUACAAUUCAAAAAGUUAAAGACAGAGAAGAAAAGAAACCUCCAAAAGCAUUAAAGGAUUUCUAUGCUUUCCAAAUAAGAGAAGCUAAAAAACAGAAUUUAGCAGAACUACGUAAGAAAUUUGAACUUGAUAAAAAGAAAUUAGAACAAAUAAAAUCAAAAAGAAAAUUCAAACCAUUUUAAACUACAAAUUACUAAAUCAAAACUGUAAAAUUUGUAUUGAUAACUUUUUUAUAU